AUGGCACCCGGGACCAUCAACCUGUUUGAGCGACUGCCCGAAGACCUGGUCAGAAACAUCCUGGAGCGCGUCCUGUGGCGCCCCUUUGAGUUUGGCAUUACAAAGUCAAGGAGGAAGGUUUAUCUGGGGUUGCUCUGCAAGCAGUUUCGGGCAGCAAUUGCUGCUCUGGAAAGCCUUGAGUGGGAAAUUCAUAAUGCAGAGGACGAGCAAAAAUUCCUGCACUUUUUGCGCGGAAGGGAAGAGGGGCUCUCGCUGAAGCGGCUAUCUAUCAAUGUGGCGCACGUGUGCAGAGUGCGGCAAGGGAUUCUGGAGGCCGUUACUCUUGUCGCCCGAGAAACGCUAGAAGAGGUUUGCCUAUUCCUAGGUGACAAAGAUGAGGCAGUGUGGGAGGACUGGCCUAGCACUCUGUCCCUUCUUCAGGAGUGCAAGAACCUGAAAGUCCUUCAUGUUGCCUUAUGGGCUGC